AUGAACAGUUCCAUAUCACAAAAAUCAAUAACUUCUCGCAAUGGAAUAAAAAUUUGCCACUGUGGAUUUAAUGCGCCACUGACUAUAUCAUGGUCAUCUGCAAAUCCAGGUCGCCGAUUUUAUGGUUUUAUAUUGGGUCGAGGUGGCUGCAAAUAUUUCAGAUGGCAUGAUGAUGAAAUGCCUGACCAAGCUAAGAGGGUUAUACGGGGUCUGUUGAAGAGAGUCGAAAGAACUAAGAAAACAGUUGCGCGGUUGAAGUGGUUAUUUGUUGUGGUGGUGGUGCUGUUUCUAUGGAUUUGGCUUUGGUGA